AUGGGUACGAGGUGUGCUGACAGCUCACUUAAUAUGGCUUUUAGAAGAGGAGGGAAUCACAAACAGUGCCUCUCUACCACUUCAUCUUCAACUUUGAACUGUCACAAACUUCCAGCACGCACAGGUCGAGCUCACAGUAUAUGCAUGGUGUCUGACUUUUUUUAUCCAAACAUGGGAGGAGUGGAAAGCCACAUUUAUCAACUAUCACAAUGUCUUAUAGAAAGAGGACACAAAGUUAUCAUUAUCACUCAUGCUUAUGAAGACCGCCAAGGCGUUCGUUACCUGACCAAUGGACUAAAAGUGUAUUAUUUGCCAUUAAGAGUCAUGUACAACCAAUCUACAGCAACAACUCUCUUCCAUAGUAUGCCUCUGCUCAGGUAUAUAUUCGUACGGGAGAGGGUCACCAUUGUCCAUGCGCAUAGUUCGUUUUCAGCUAUGGCUCAUGACGCACUCUUUCAUGCCAAAACGAUGCAACUACGAACAGUUUUUACAGACCAUUCCCUUUUCGGAUUUGCUGAUGUCAGUUCAGUGCUUACAAAUAAACUCUUGACUGUGUCUCUGUGUGACACAAACCACAUCAUCUGCGUUUCUUACACUAGCAAAGAGAACACUGUGUUGAGAGCAGCACUGAAUCCUGAAAUAGUUUCUGUCAUCCCUAAUGCAGUUGACCCCACUGACUUCACUCCAGACCCAUCUAGGUGGGACAGCAGCACAAUAACUAUUGUUGUUGUUAGCAGACUUGUGUAUAGAAAAGGUAUAGACUUGCUUAGUGGUAUAAUUCCUGAGCUUUGUCAGAAGUAUCCAAAUUUACACUUCAUAGUUGGGGGAGAAGGACCGAAGAGAAUUGUGUUGGAAGAAGUACGAGAAAGGUACCAGCUUCACGACAGGGUUCGUCUCUUGGGAGCUUUAGAACAUCAGGAUGUCAGAAACGUCUUAGUCCAGGGACACAUUUUUCUCAACACCUCUCUCACGGAAGCUUUUUGCAUGGCAAUUGUGGAAGCUGCCAGUUGUGGUUUACAGGUGGUGAGCACAAGAGUUGGUGGGAUUCCUGAGGUGCUACCAGACAAUCUUAUAAUUUUGUGUGACCCUUCAGUGAAGUCUUUGUGUAAUGGAUUGGAAAAGGCUAUAACCCAGCUGAAGUCAGGAUCAUUGCCAUCUCCAGAAAUCAUACAUAACCAAGUUAAAACUUUUUAUACUUGGAGAAAUGUUGCAGAGAGAACUGAAAAGGUGUACGACCGAGUGGCAGGUGAAAUAGUAUUGCCUAUGGGAAAACGGCUUGACAGACUCAUCUCUCAUUGUGGCCCUGUGACUGGUUCCAUUUUUGCUCUUCUUUCCGUACUAAGCUUCCUUUUCCUGAUAUUCCUGAGGUGGCUGACACCAGAUUACCUUAUUGAUGCUGCAAUAGAUGCCACGGGCCCUUGUGGGGCAUGGACUCAACAGAAGUUCCGCAAAAAAAGAGGAACUUUAAAUUCAAACUCUUAAAA